AUGCCGCCUCAUUCUGUGGACCACGCCGGCGUCGCAAUUGCUGAAGUGACCAUCUUCUCCCUCAUUCAGCUGGUACAAUUUGUCACAAGGUUUAUGCAAGAAUGGAAGUACUGGCACCACAGAAGGGAGAGAAAAGUCGGCAGAUGCGUGCUGUACUCCUGGUUUGGCAUGCUGGGUUUUUUAGCGCAGCUCAGAAUUGCGGGUUCCGCGAUGGUGCUUGCUGUUUCCAAUCCGAGCGAGUCAGUCUGGACGGUAGAGAUCAUUCUGCAAAGUAUCGGACUAUCACCUCUGCUGUUUGAGGCUGGACAACGCGGUCCCGGAAACACAAGGUACCCGAAACAUUUGCGUUUCCUGCUUCACGCCUUUCGCUUCCCAGUCAUCAUUUCUCUUGUCUGUGCCGUGGUGGGUGAGACAAUGGAUAUUUCCGCCUGUAGGGAUAUCGGCUCGGGCGUCUUCGUCAUUACCUUUGCAUUUGUCAUUGGUCUCGUGCUUUGGGUUGCCAUCGCUUACCGCACGGUCCUGCCCAGAAACAGCCGCCGCGGCGUGAUGCUGGUCCUUGCCACUCUGCCGUUCCUGGCUGUCAGAAUCGCCUACUUUCUGCUGGGUGAGUAUGGGUCGGAGGAAUUCAAUGCUGUCACUGGCAAGGAGGGUAUCAAAGUUGGUAUGGGCCUGUUGAUGGAGAUAAUCGUCACAGCGCUUCUGUUGUUAUCACGAGGCACGAUGGAGCCAUUGCAAUCGAAGAUUCUUCGUGUUGAGGAAUUUGAGAGAGGCGACAGGCCUUGA